CCACCAUCCUCAGUUCGUCACCACCAUCCUCCAUCCCUCACCAACUCCCAUCACCAAUUCCACUCCAAACCCUCUCACCCACAUCUCAUAAGUCCCCUAAGUAGCAGCUCAUUAUUCCCCACUCCACCAAAGUGGUAUGUUGCCUUCAACAGCCUUGGGUUUCUCUUUUCGGCAAGCAGAUGCUAGCCCCUCUCAAGUUCUGGCUAUCUCUGCCUUCUGGGCUUCCAUUUUAGGAGGAACUGUUUCUCUCUCUCUCUCUCAAUUUUUUGGUACUAAAACCAAAGACGUGGGAAAACUAAGGGGAGUGACGAGCUAAAAGGCUAGCCAUUUGUGUUUCAGACUUAGAUUAUCUUGGAGUUAGACUAGCCACAUAUAUUUGGACUUAGUUUAUUUUGUAAUUAGGUUUGCAGAAUAAAUUUUAUUUUCAUAUUUUUGCAAAAUUGUUCCAUGGAUUGUAGUUAUGAAUUUAAUAAGUUUUGAGCCUUGUGCAUUUGUGGGAUCCUCUCACAAGUGUACAGCAUCUGUUUUCGCCCUUGGAUUUGGGUUUUGGGGCGUGACAAUAAAAUAUGUUCCUUUAC